UGCAUGCUCGGAAACAGCUUGCAAAGUACAGAACGAACUGAAACUGUCGUAUGUAACCAGCGAAAUUUAUUUCGCGUUUUGCGUUUUGCCAUUGACCGAACAAUGUGCCAAUACACGCACGGCGUGGUCGCGGUUUGUGUUUUUAUUUCACCCAGGCCACUUUCUUCUGGUUAAAUGUACAGGGCUGCAUUGAGUGUGUUUGCUUGCAUUGAGGAAAAAAAAAGACUGUGUCUGCAUUGAGCAAGAGAGAGAAAUAAAUGUCAAUUCACCGCAGAGCUUGAAUGAAGUCCGUCGUUAAGCCUCUGUUCAAAGCAAACUUCCCGUACAUUUAUUUAUUUAUUCGCAGGAUCGCUCUGUUUUCUCCAGCAAUCAUCGGGAUCGGGGUUUGAAGUGGUCAUGCCAUUUGUUUUUAUUUGGGAGACGAGACUGUGGAGCCAUUUGCACGAUGAUGAUGAUGAUUCACGACUGGAUGGACUUUAAAAAAUGAGGAAGCAUUUUUUUCUAAAGAUACUAUAAAGAUAGAGCAGAGGCUUCGUCGUCUGUAGGCCGUGAUCUGUGCAUGGAAAAGGAAGAAGAAAGGAAGCCCAAACGAGCCUGAUGAAUAGAAAUCGAGUGAAAUGGAGCACGAGACACGCGCGUGGGGAAAUAUGGAACAUAUCAAUAAUGACGGCGGCGUGCGCGAGAACCAGAUCGAUCCCAACAAAAUGAAGCACUUCACCUCUUGAGCAUUUAAACUAAAUAUUUUUAUUUGCAAUAAAGUGAGAGGGGAUUCCCGUGUGUUUUGAGAGUUGCAAACAUCGCUCAAGUUUAAUGCAAGUUCUCCUACCCGUCUUCUUUUGAUUUCUUUCAUCAUUUUACUACUUCUUGUUUGAAUUAUUUUUGAUCCGGAUCCAUAGCGUUGAUAUUAUUCAAUGGAAUUAUGUUAUCAGUUACCGGUUUUGCCUCUAGACAGGCCGGUUCCCAAACAUGUUCUCAGCCGGAGAGGAGCCAUCAGUUUCAGCUCCAGUUCAUCUUUAUUCGGAGCACCCGACCCGAGGCAGCUGUCACAGAGACGCGGAGCAAUCUCCUAUGACAGCUCUGAUCAAACUGCUCUGUAUAUUCGCAUGUUAGCUGUGACAAACAAAACAAUCAAACCCUCAUUCGUGUUUACACCAGGAGAUGUGAGAGUGAGAAGUCAGGUAGGCUUUGAACCUGAACGAAGAGGCUCGCACCCAUACCUGGGCGUCGAUUUCCGCACAUUGCACUCCCGUGCUGAGUCAGCAGGGUCGAUCCCAGCUCAGAGAAUCCAGAGGCUCUUUAGUUUCCAGCGACACCUGCUUUCAUCCCGUCUGCUACGAGGAGCGCCACACCUCAACCCCCUCCACAUUCUGGAUGAGGACUACUGCGGCCAGGCCAAGUGUAUGCUAGAAAAGGUUGGAAGCUGGAAUUUCGACAUAUUCCUCUUCGACAGACUUACAAAUGGUAACAGUCUUGUCUGCUUGACAUUUCAUUUGCUGAAUCAAUAUGGCCUCAUUGAGCUCUUCCAGUUAGACAUGGUUAAAGUGCGUCGCUUUUUAGUUCUGGUACAAGAAGACUACCACAAUCAGAACCCAUACCACAAUGCAGUCCAUGCUGCUGACGUCACCCAGGCCAUGCACUGUUACCUUAGAGAACCUAAGCUCACCCAGUCCCUCACAUCAUGUGACAUCCUCUUAGGGUUGCUGGCAGCGGCCACACACGAUCUGGACCACCCUGGAGUCAACCAGCCUUUCCUCAUCAAAACCAACCAUUACCUUGCAGCUUUGUACCGGAAUACCUCAGUUCUGGAGAAUCAUCACUGGAAGUCUGCAGUGGGUCUGCUGAGAGAGACCAAACUUUUCUCCCAUCUGCCCACAGAGGACAGUCUGAGUAUAGAGAGGCAGCUGGGCUCACUGAUUCUGGCCACAGAUAUCAACAGACAGAAUGAUUAUCUGUCCCGCUUCCGGACACACCUGGAUGAGAAUAACCUUUGUUUGGGAAACGCUUCUCAUCGCCAUUUCAUUCUGCAGAUGGCCUUGAAGUGUGCAGAUAUCUGUAACCCAUGUAGACCGUGGGAGCUCAGCAAACAGUGGAGUGAAAAGGUUACAGAGGAAUUCUUCCACCAAGGUGACAUUGAAAAAAAGCAUAAACUUGAAGUCAGCCCACUGUGUGAUAGUAAAGCCAACACCAUAGCGAGUGUGCAAAUCGGUUUCAUGACCUACGUGGUGGAGCCUCUGUUUGCUGAGUGGGCGCGUUUUUCAGACACCCGGCUCUCUCAGACCAUGCUUGGACAUUUGGGCCUGAACAAGGCCAGCUGGAGUGCCAUGGAGCCCGAGGCAUCGGGGAGCUUUGAGGAGGGGGAGUCCGAGCCGGCCCGAGCCACUGAGGAGCCCAGUUCCAGAGCCUUAUCUCAGGGAAGCCAGGAGUCAUGACACCUCAACACUUGCAUUGGGGAGAACACCUCUACUGCCCUCAGCCAAAUAUUUGAGUUGCUCACCACCCAUCUCGAACCAACCACUGAUGAUUUGAAUUUUUUUUCUUUUUUGAUUUACAGUAUUUAAUUUUAAACUCUCAUUUACCCUUUUGACACAGAGCAAUACAUAGAUACCUCAUUUGGCUACUGCUGCAGUUUUUCUUUUAACUAUCGUGAUUUAUUUAUUUAACCUAAUUAGUUUUUUUUGGGGGGCCUUACCAAGUCAGCUCUGAUGCUUUAAGGACAUAUGGGGUAGGAAGGAAGGCCCCUCCUUUGGCUUUAAAGUGCCAUUUUGACACACUUGCUCUGAAAGUGAUGUGAAACACCUAGAGUAUUUCUAGGAGAGGUUUUUACAACUGCACCAAGAGACAGUGUGUGCGUGUGUGUAUGUGUAUGUGUGUGCUUGCGUGAGUGGGUGAGCAUACCAGUGCUUCUGCAAACCAAUCUUCCUCCUUGUGUACAAAAAUUACAAAUGUGAAGAGCCCAGUCCUUUUGCUGCCUCUGAAGACUGUUUACACACGUUGUUUUCUAAAUUAAUCAUGUUCUGUGAUCUAUUGCCUUUUAAGCACAGACGUGAAGAACCACUUGUACAUUUUUCGAAACAUACUGCUGAUGAUCAACAAAUCGAUUGGAUGGCAACUCUGUCGGUGUGGCACAUCAAAUGCCAUACGAAUGCCAUUUGAGCUCCAUUUGCAUCUCUCUCUCCCCCCUGACAGAUAAUGCCGUUGUGCUGAAGGAACAUUACUCUCCUGAAAGGUGGCAAACAUAGAAGAGACGAACCCUUACGACCGUGGAAGAAGAAUCUUGUAGCUAGACUCUCCACAGAUUUUGCUCAGGGUUUCACCAACCUGCUUAUUGGGAGAAACAAGGACGUUAAGGUGCCUUUUGUAGGUAGCCACCACCCUCUCUCUUUCUCUCUGUAUUUUGUAAAGAUAAGAGCUCCUUCUCAGAAUCUGUCUCGAAGCCAUUCUUGUCUCUUCAAAAGACUGCUACACGAUGCCUUAAAACUAUGCACAAUGCUAAGUGACCAAACCAACUGUCAUUUUAAACUCGUUUAGUGCACUGUCUGACUAUAUCCUUUUUGUUGUGGACAAAAACAACUUUUUUUUAUAUAUAUAUAUAUAUAUAUGGAGGCUAAUUGGUUUAAUUUUAUUUUUAACAUCAAACAUUCAAUUUUUUUGUGUGUAUUGUUUUUGAUUCUGUACAGAAUGAACAGUUGUUUAUGUGCUUCUCUUGAUAUUUAGAAAGAGAAGAGGUGCUUUGUUUUAGGUGAUUUGUAAUUUUUGUUGUAAGUGCUGUAAGACUGUUGAUUUAAGACAAAAAAAAAAACUGUUUACAGUUUGUUGUAACAGCCAUUUUGGGGAGACGACCUAUGUGUCAAGCCAUUUUGUUAAGGCUUUGCCGUAUAACCUUUUGAUACAUGUUGCAGUUGCAUUUUUGAUGAAUAAAACUUCAUAAAAUGUU